ACAGCAGGGUCAAGCGCAGUGUUCCAGCCCGCGGCCGUGGAACAUAAAUACAGACAGCGAAACGCAUGCCCGCAGCGGCAUCUGUCAGACCCUGCCCCGCCUGCACGUUUCACAACCUUCCCAGCGCUACGCAUUGCGACGUCUGCGACGAGCCUCUCGGCGCUGCAGUAGCGCCGGCCAUAAUCACUCCCGCGAAGAGCAUGGACGGCGUAAAAGUCAAAACGGAGGGCGUAACCGUCAAGCCGGAGUCCGCCGAUGGCGCGGCGCCCGCCGUCGUGAAGACCGAGGUCAAGGCGGAGGUCAAAGACGAGGACGAGGAGGAGCCCGCCCUCGUCUGCGUGCCGAAGACGGCGCCCAAGAAGAAGCAGGCGCCCGCGCCCGCGCCCGCUCCGGCGCCGGCGCCGCGCGCCGCGCCGGCACCCGCGCCAGCCGCACAAGCGACGCGGCCCGCGCCCGCCCCGCAAGAUGAUGAUGAUGACGACGACGAGGAGCCCGACAUCUGCCGGCCGCGGACGGCCCCCGUCGUAGAUGAAGACGAGAAGGUGCCGAUGAAGAAGCAGUCCGGGUACCAGUUCCACAACGCGACGCACCGCGCGGCCGUCAAGAAGGAAAUAGAAGAGGCCAAUCCGGACAUGCCGGCCAAGGAGAAGAACGCGCUGAUCACGAAGCGGCUCGGGGACAUGUGGGGUAGGUUAGAUAAGGCCGCGCAGCACCGGUACAAGGCCGACGCGCCGUAUGUGGUCAUAAAACAGAAGGGGCCGCAUAAACCGGAGCCGCCGAGACUGGUCGACCUGCCGGCGGGCACGCACGGCAAGUGCAAGCGGUGCGGCGAAGGCGUGGAAGAGAGAGCUGUGGUUGUAGGUUCUAGAAGGUGGAAGGUCAAGUGCUUCCGGGAGUCGACGUCAUUAGAAGUAGGAGACGGGUCGCACAAGUGCAAGGUCUCCGGUGAGAUGAUAGAGUCGGGUGCGGUCUGCCUGGCGGUCAAGGUAAAGUCGGCCACUAUUUAUUUCGAGGCAAGCAAGGUCGCGCCCUUCCUGCGGGCUUUACUAAAACCGGCGCUGCCCGAUGCGUUGUUCGGCGGCUUCGAUGCCCUGGGAGGUCCCGAGAAGCGGGCGUUCUACGCGCUCUUUCCGGACGUGGCGUUGCCGGAGCAGUACAAGAGCAAGGGGCAGAAGGCGCAGGCGAAAACGGCGAAGGAGUUCGACUUCGCGGCGAUGGUGGGGCGCCCGCGCGACACGCGCUACGAUAUAGAUGACGACGACUCCGAGGAGGACGAGGAGCCGGUCGCGCCGGCGCCGAAGAAGCGGCGCGUCAUCGAGGACCUCGAGGACGACGUCUAG